UAACUAGGACCGAGAAUGAGUAUUUUGAUUGGAUGACCACAAUGGAUGACCGCAUUGGCCGGCUGAAGAUGCUCAAACUGUCUGGCAACUGCGAUGACAAAAUGCUCGUCGGGAAAAAUCAAAAGGAGGUGGACAAUUGACGAAGUCGGAGAAGUCUGAUUAUUUCAACACCACAAAAGGGAGAUAAAAAUAACUAUGGACAGAGAAAAGAGCAAUCCUCCUCCACUGGACCGGGACGGGAUGGAGGGGAAUACAAACAGGGUGGCAUCCCAGGUGGUGGAGAUCAUCAGUGGGAUGAGUCUGGGAGCCAUCCAGUCUCUGGAGCAGGCUGUGGAGGAGGAGGAGGGAGAUGACUCUGUGUUCUAUGAUGAGGGUGAUGCUCCAUUAGAUGUGGAAGGAAGGUCUUGUCCCUUGGUCUGUGGGUCCACUGAGAAAUCAGCUCAACCACAGAAUGGGAAGGUGAGCCUACUCAAGGCUGAGACAGCCGGUGUAGUCAUGGAGAAUGGAACAGGGAAAGAUCCCAUCACGGAAGGAGGAGAACAUCGGAGCUCUACCCUUUCGGGUAAGGGUGAUACUGGGCCACAUCACACCGCCAGUGGCCGAACUAAGCCCCAGACAGUCCAGACAGAAACAUUGGCACAAAUCCCAACUCAAACACUUGCAGAGCCACAAAAACAUACAAGACAGGACACAUUGAUGAACAAAGCUUCUGCUUCACACAAGAUGGAGGUGAAAGAUACACAGGAGCAGACACCUGUUACUACUCCCCCGCCUGUACCGGAGGAACCUCAGCUAUACAGGGCGGCAGAGGCCCCAUGCUCCUCUGGUGACGAGCCCAACAGUGCGAGUCAGGAUGAGGAGGACACAGACAAAGGUUCCCAGGAUUCCCUGGCCUGUCAGGGUACAAGUUCCCAGUCCUCAGAAGGACAGAAGUCUGGCCGGCCCCGUCAUCAGAAAUCCUCCGACCACAACACCAGUUCCAAAUAUAGCACUGUCUCCUACAGGAAGAUACGCAAAGGCAACACUCGCCAGAAGAUCGACGAGUUUGAGUCCAGGAUGAAUCUAUAACGUUACAUCAAGUUAAUAUCUUGAAGAUGGUGCAGCUUUACUUCAACUGCAUGGAGCUGGAUGGGGGCAUGCUAAACCAGUCGCUAUGCAAAUUGGAAUAACGAUCACCUGUCGACGUUGGUUAAGUCUGUCUAAUACACAAUCCUAACAGAUUUUCAGUGUAUCAGAUUUCAAAUAUUGACAUUUCACUGUAAUGUUAAGUCCCUACUGAAGCCAAAAGAAUGAUUGACAUGUAAAGAGUUCUCAGAGACUUGGAAUGACUGCUGAGAGGAGCUCAAUAUGCAUAGUAGUGUUAUUUAAUUAGAAAAUUAGCAGGGAACAUUUGAUUAUGUAAGGCAGGUAUUUGAUAAGCAGAUAAAAAUAACAUUUUUUUAAAAGAGGCUUGGGGAGCUAAUAAUCCUACUAGCAAAACAUUACAACUUGCAUUCCCCAGGGGCGACUGGCCUGUAAACAUUUCAAUACACUUUGCUAAGCACUGCAAAUCUGAAUUUUAGGUGAUCAACCCUAUAUGUAAAGUUCUGCUAUUUAAAAUGUACACACACACACACACACACACACCUUAGGCUAUAAGCACUGAACCAACUAAUAAUGUUAAACCCCUAUAACACUGUAAUAUUUCCAUGAGUACAGCGUACAUGUUCUCCUGGAAUAUCUGUUUUUGUGGAAAAAGAAAACUUUAAUAUCUAUUCAUUAAAAGGAAAUUAACAUUGA